AUGGCCAAGUCGAGGUUUGAGUACGUGAAGCAGUUCGAGCGUGAUAACCUGCUGCUUCCGGAGACUUUUAUUGUGAUUCGUCUUGACGGACGUGGGUUCCACAAGUUUACUGACCAUUACAACUUUGUCAAGCCGAACGACAUCAGAGCUCUCAAGCUGGCCAACGCCGCUGCUCUGAACGUCACCAGACAGAUUAAGGACGUUUUGGUUGCCUUUGGAGAGUCGGACGAAUACAGCUUUAUUCUUAGAAAGGAGUGUGAUCUCUUCAACAGGAGGGAAUCCAAGCUGGUUUCCACCUUUGUCUCAACGUACACUGCACAUUACGUCCAGCUUUGGCCCAAGUUCUUCCCCAACACGCCCCUUGAGAUCAAACACAUGCCCACGUUUGAUGGAAGAGCUGUUGUCUACCCAAACUUACAAACCGUGAAGGAUUAUCUAAGCUGGAGAUAUGUCGAUACGCAUAUAAACAACUUGUACAAUACAACUUUCUGGAAUUUGGUGUUGAAAGGCGGAAUGACAACCAAAGAGGCAGAACAGAGGCUGAUGGGCACCCUCAGCAGUGAUAAGAACGAGAUCUUGUUCUCAGAGUUCCAAAUCAAUUACAACAACGAGCCAGAGAUCUUCAAAAAGGGAUCGUUGAUCUUCAAAGGAGAGGUGUUACACGUUGACGUUUAUAACACUAUAGACACGUACUUCAACGAGUACGACAGUUAA